GGAGCCCAGGAGGGGCCCCAGGGAAAGAAAGGCAGACCUACUCUGUGUUUAGAAGAAGGGAAGACAUCAGUACUAAGAGGAAACUAACACUGCAGUCUUGUGCAGAAAAAGGGCAGAGACUACAGCCACUGCAGCAGGGAAAGGUGGCAGCCCGAUGUGGCUGAGGGGCGCCCGCCGCCAACAGGGAGGCAGACGGCCAGCGAGCCAAGCGCUGGGGACACCGCUGCAGUGCUCUUUGCCUGCCUCGCCGCACUCCUACACACGCUCCUCAUCUACGGAUCCUACCCUCCCCGCUCUUGCAAACACUCACACAGUCAAUCGCCUGUUGACCCUCCUUCGGCACAGGCUCACAGCAGAGGCAGCAGAGAGCAGGCAUGAAGACCCCCAACGCACAGGAAGCCGAAGGGCAACAAACCAGGGCAGCUGCAGGAUGGGCCACUGGGUCUGCAAACAUAACAAAGAAAAAAGUCUCCCAAAAGAAGCAGAGACGCAGACCUUUAUCCCAGCCCCGCAGGAACAUCGUGGGAUGCAGAAUUUCUCAAGGAUGGAAAGGAGAUGAGCCCAUCACCCAGUGGAAAGGAACCGUUCUGGAUCAGGUGCCUAUAAAUCCCUCUGUUUAUCUGGUGAAAUAUGAUGGAAUUGACUGUGUUUAUGGACUGGAACUUGACAGAGAUGAAAGGGUUUUGUCUCUUAAAAUUCUUUCUGACAGGGUGGCAUCAUCUCACGUUAGUGAUGCCAACCUUGCAAAUACCAUAAUUGGCAAAGCAGUGGAACACAUGUUUGAGGGAGAGCAUGGUUCUAAGGAUGAAUGGAGGGGCAUGGUCUUAGCUCAAGCACCUAUCAUGAAAGCCUAGUUGUAUAUUACCUAUGAGAAAGAUCCUAUCUUGUACAUGUACCAGCUUCUAGAUGAUUAUAAGGAAGGUGACCUCCGUAUCAUGCCAGAAUCCAGUGAGUUUCCUCCAACAGAGAGAAAGCCAGGAGGAGUUGUAGAUGGCCUAAUAGGUAAGCAUAUGGAAUAUACCAAAGAAGAUGGCUCCAAAAGGAUUGGCAUGGUCAUUCAUCAAGUGGAAGCCAAGCCCUCUGUGUAUUUCAUCAAGUUUGAUGAUGAUUUCCAUAUCUAUGUCUAUGAUUUGGUGAAAAAGUCCUAACUGUUAGGGUAAAAUUUGGCUCAUGUGUGGAAAUAAAUGUAUAAUUUGUAGACAUGCAAAAAAUGUUGCCUUUCAGUGUAUUGAAAGCUUAUGGAAUCCCUGAUAACCCAACAUCUUUGCCAGCAUUAACUGUUGUUUUGUUCUAAAAAAUACAAAUUUGUGUGUACGUGA